CUGUGAACCACUGUAAGUAGUCAUGGCGUCAUCAUCAUCUGUUGCAGACAUGACAGGGCCAUCUUUCUGUGUUGUAACAGGAGCGUCUCAAGGUAUAGGUCGUGCAAUCUCUAUAGAAAUCGCAAAAUGCUUCUAUCCUGGAUCCCUUAUGUUAUUGUUGGCGCGCAAUUACCAAGAGCUUUCUAUUACUGCUGAUUCAUGCGAGUCUGGAAAUGUCAAAGUUAUACAUAAGUCUGUUGAUCUAUCUACUGCAUCCGAGGAGGAUAUGAUGGAUAUCCUGAAAAAUGCCUUAGCUGGAUAUCAAAUAAACAACUUUAAAAGAGCUUUAAUUUUCCAUAAUGUUGGCUCUCUUGGCAAUUUAGCAAUUGAAACUUCCCGCAUGGAGAACGUACCAGAGAUGCGUAAAUAUUACGAUUUGAAUGUAUUUAAAGUAAUUUCCCUUAACACUCAGUUCCUCAAACUGUUUGAAGAUGUUGUAGAACAGGUUGUUAUCGUUAAUAUAACAUCUUUAUGUGCUAUCAAACCUAUGGGAGGUAUGGCUUAUUACUGCAGUGCAAAAGCAGCACGAGAAAUGUAUUUCAGAGUAUUGGCAGAGGAAAAGAAAAAUAUCAAAGUCCUAAACUACUCACCAGGGCCAGUUGAAACAGCUAUGAUUGAAAAUGUACUGGAAGAGGCCAUAAAUAAAAAUCUCAGGGAGGUGUUCACAUCCUUUAAAAACCAAGGUACACUGUUAAAGCCGGAAGUUACAGCCAGAAAGUGUGUGGCAGUUUUGUUGGCUGCAAAAUUUUCUCCCGGAGAACACGUUGAUUAUUUUGAUGAUGAGUAAUAUUAAAUUCUCAUAGAUAUUUGGCAUCUCUUAAUCAUGGCUGUUUUAACAAAUCUUACCUAAAAGAUACAGAAGAAUCUCUUGUAUGUGAAACCGUAGCUCAACAUAAAUUGGCAGGAAUAAGUUUGUGUCAGCUGACCUUUCUUUAAGAUCAUAUGACAUUGUCAAUUAAAGAUAUUGAUCUUCUCUUUAACCAUAUUAAAAAAAGCUAACUUUUCUUCCUUUAGAUGUGUAUAAAUGGGGCUUUUUGUAAUAAAAUUGGCAAAUAAAUCAUAUUGAAUUAAUAGCAUUUUAAUUUUCAUAAAAAAAAUCUUCAGUACUUAAAGAUGAAGUAAAAUAUUUAAGUGUCAUUAGUUUGAGAUAUUACUCCGUCUUGGAUUGGCUUAAAAUAUGUGUUAUAAUAUUUAAUCCAAAGUAAAAUUUAUUAUAUUAAUGUCUUUGUAAAUUUUUGCAUAUUGGUCAAAACAUUCAUUGCUGCAACAACUCAAAAUUACUUUAAGCUCAAAACAUUCAUAAAAAUAAUAUUAGAAUACGGUAACACUCUUAUCAUACAAUUUAUUAUAUGUGUAAUAUUUCUAUUGCUUUUGAUAUACCAGUAGAUAAGUACAUGAUGUGUCUAUUAGACUAUUUUCUAUUUGAUAAAGUGUUGUCUGUUACUAGAAUAUAUUAUAUUAGAUCAUAUCCAAUUAUGUAUAACCUUAUAGUAUAUUUGAUAUGUAUAGUAGUUUAGUUUUUUCUUACCUAUCUUAAUCUGUAAAAUAAUCUUUUAGGUACUUUUUAAUGUAAAAGAGUUAAUAAUUAUUUUAUUUACUUAAAAUGGGUUAAAAGCUUUUUACUUAAAAUGGGUAAAAAGCUGUAUUAAAAUUCAAAGAGAUUUUUAUGAAUCUUUCAAUUGUUUAAAUAUAAUUUUUUUAACCCACAAGGAAAUGUUUGUGUGUGUUAUUUUUUGUAUGCCUUACUAUGUCAUGUAUAAUCUGACUUUCAAAUUUUCUUCUUUUUGUAAGAAAGAGCUUUAUUCCAAAAUGAACCUGUAAUAUUUCAUACAGAUUUGAUAUAGAGUUUCUGAGACAGACAACGGAACACUUCAAUUAAUGACAGCAAUCAAAAUUUUAAGUUUCUAACCUCCAAACCCUGAGAUUUAUUACCGAAUUUGGAUAAUAUAUUUGUCUUUAUCUAUAAAUGAAAAUAUUGUUUACAGUUUAAGAAAGGUAGGAACAAAGGGCACUGUAUAAAAUUGGUUGCAUCAUAUGACAUUUACCGAUUCAAUUACUUAUUGAUACCAAUAAUCUAUUUGAUAAUAAUGAACAAAUAUGCCACAGAGUGUGUAUGAAUUUAACUUUUCACAUGACGGUUUUGUGUAAAGCAAGACCAGUGUGACAAGGUAAAGAAUAUAAACAAACUUUGUCAUUGAGUAGACACAUGUUAAAAAAAACCAUGUUAAAAAUUUGUUUGAAAUACAAGAAUACAUUGUUAAACAACGCAAUUAAAAAACCUCUACAGCAUUUAAUAACAAUGCGAAUGUUGAAUACUAAUUUUUUGGCAGGGAAGCAACGCCCUCUGUCUUUCAAGAUUAUUUAAAACUCAACUUUUAGUAUUAAAUAAUCUUCUCCAUUAACGUCAGUGUGUCAUAUUUCGUCUAGACUUGCAUUUGACCGCUUUUUAUGUGUACCAGAAUAGGGAAUAUGCAUGUGCUUAAUAAUUUAUAUCGAUAUCGACGGAAGAUCAGUUAUGAUCUUGUUAUUAAAUAAAAAUAGCUAAACUUAACCUUUUUUUUUUAUUUAGUUUUGUUUUACUUGUUCUGUUAUAUAAUAUCGAGAUGGGUGAUAGUUGCCUAUAUAAACCAUUGAUUGUAGUAAAAUUAAGUGUUUCCCGCAUUCUUUAUUUUCCUUGGUUACUCUCCGUCCUUUAACUAGCUCUAUGCCAUACACCUUAUAAAAAAGUUUAUGGGUUGCUUGGUUAUGGCGUUAAGGAAGGACAAACACACUUUUACAAUUACAUGUAUAAUAUAAGUAAGGUUGUGACCAGUCAGUUAAUCAGACUUUUAUAACGCAUUCUGAGCUAAGAUUGAAUUUUUAUAUUUUUUUGAAUUGUAUAUUGUUUUAAUAAAAAAAAAUACAUGCAUAUACCCCAUUCGAAUAUUUGUUAUCGCUGCCGACUUAGCACCCAACUUGUGAUUGAGAUGCUCCGGUUUCGGAGCGAAACGUGCGUAGAGGGUACAUUGCCGAGGAUCUGUUUGGUGUGGAGUAUACGGAUUGGAGUAGUUAUAAAUCACACCAUACAGAUUCUGCUGCUGUUCGCGGAGUAUAGCAAAUUAAGCUUAAUUUUCAUUAUAUAUAAUGUGCCACAUCUGUCCAACGACCCGCUUGAUUUAGACGGCCGAGUGGCGCAGUGAGCAGCGACCCUGCUUUCUGAGUCUAGAGUCGUGGGUUCGAU